UAGUAAUCGCUCCACACAUGUGAUAUACAUAAAACUCGUUUUUGCGCGCCUGUGCUACACAACGUGUAUGGCUACAUUGUAAAGAGGAGGGCCAUCUGUUUCAUGAUUUUUUAGUUAACCGCGAUUUUUUCAUAGUAAAUAAAAUGGACUUUUUGAGGAUAUUUAUUUCAUGCAUAGCAAUUAUCUGUCUUCCUCGUGUAGCAGAGGCCGGAUGUGCCCAAGAUGUCGGAAAAAGCCAGGGCUUUACACAAUGUGUAAUGGGAUACUCCAUGUUUAUGAGUAACGCAGCUAGCUCCAUGGAUCCGAAUGAUCCCAAUGCAAUGAUGACAAUUAUGUGCAGCAAGGAAGGGAAAGCAGCCAUGAAGUGUGUAUUGGAUUACGUAAAGACUUGUCCAGAUCUGAUGACUUCCGGGGACACGGCAGUCAUGUUGAAAAGUCUUGAGGCGUUUGACCAGUUCGGAGGACUUGAAGGAUAUUGCAACUCUAUGUCAGGUCCCUGUACAGCAGUGCAACAGUGCCUUAGCAGCCAACGUAUGGAAGAUGAUAACUCACCUAUGCCUUCACAACCUUCACCAUUUAGUAUCAUCCUAACUGCUGUCAAAAUGAUUUGCGGACCUGUGAAGGGAAUGUUCGACUGUUUUAAGGACGUAGGAGACCAGUGUAAGGAUCUAGAGAACAACAUUAAAAAUAUGAUGGACGUUUCGCGCAGUAACGCUCCCGAGGGUUACCCAUCGCCAACAUACGACCAAGCAAAGUCAUUUGCAAUGAACGAGUGUCCAAAGUUACCAUCAGAUUUUUCUACAAACACGUGUGUAAAGAACACCGUAAGCACCGAUGAAUUUCUGAACUGCUAUGCAAAUGUAACAGUUAAUUACCCGGACUCUGACGUCGAAACUAGCUGCGACGCAUAUAGAGCAGGUCAUAAAUGUAUAUCCAUGACGGUGGGCAAGAAAUGCGGAGCCAAGUACACAAACGCCUUUGUGAAGGUAACCCCGCUGUUCCUCAAAACCGUACCGAGCAACUGCAAACUUGAGUCGACUACAAGUAGUUCCAGCCUCGUACAGAUGUCGUCUUUUGCAGCUUUUGCAGCUUUGGCACUUGCCUUCAAGUUAAUGUAGUUUUUGUAUUUCUUUCAUUCAUUUACUAUUAUAUGCCUUAUUUUUCAACAUUUUUGUAUGAACUAUUUGUAUUCGUUAUUGUAGUCAUUCAGUAAUCACACUGUUUAUAAUAUCAUUGCCAAUGGUGAAAACUUGUGUAAAUGGAAAAUUAACAAAAAUCCAAAUUGUAGCUUUUGCAAAAUACCAGACAAUUUAGAACACUUUGUUGACUGUCAUUUUAUAAAACAUUUUUGGAACAGAGUGUCGAAUACCUUUAAGUUACUUGGAAUUCAUAGAAAUGUAGAGAACUUAAAAAGUGUUGUUCUAGGAUACAGCUUUGACAAGGAAUAAAUAUAAUUUUAUCUGUAGCAAGUUUUUGCAUAUACAAAUCCUUUUCUUAAGUAAUCAACGUUCAAAAGAAUUGAACAUUAUCAAUAUCUUUUUUUUGUACGAAAUGAAUAUGAUUAUAGGGUACUUAAAAUAUAAACGAGAAAGAGGUACAUUUAUAGACAAGUUUAUAGAGAAUUUCUAAUAUUUUUUAAUAUCUACAGGCCUAGAUAUUUUGGAUGAUAUAUAUUGAAAAACAAUGUAAUUUCGUAAAAUAAAACUGUUAAACUGUACACAUAUUGAAGUUAUGUAAAUGUCAGUAAUGAUUUUUAAAAGAAAAAACAAAAGAAAUUUAUUUCUGUAAACAAUGAAUUUGAAUUUGUUUUAUUUUGACAGAUGUAGUAUUUAGAACACCAUUCUUCUUCAUUCUAGAAACAGGGUAAAUAUCAACCAAGGGUGGUUUUCUUUAUUUUAUAACUGUAAGCAAGUUUGAGCGCAAGUGCAUUGUAUUUUUACUUUAAAAAAGGCAAAUAAUACCUAGCUUUCAUAGACAUUUUCUCUCCUAAAACUCUUAAAGAAAGUUUUGCAUUGAAUGAGUUUUUUUUUGCAUUGAAUGAGUUUUUUUGAUAAUUAUGUUUUAUCAGUGUGUGUGUGUGUGUGUGUGUGUUACUAUACGUUCAUUGAUAUCAUAUGUACACUGUACAUGUACUCUUAUAUUAAAUGGGUAUGUUCUUGA